GAGAAACCCUGUGCAAGCAUCACCAAACGCUUCUGUGAAACAAACAGGAUACUUAGCUUCCUCUGGAUUACUAUCCUCCAAAUAGGAUCUAUCCAGCAAUCCAUCAUCCCACUGACAUAAAUCUGAAGAGGAGCAGGUCAGCGCGAUGGAGCAGGACGGCCCGCAGGAGAACAGAUCAGAACAGGGAGAGGAGAUGACAGAGGAGAGCUUCCUCAAAGACCUCUACCUCUUUAUGAAACAGAGAGACACUCCGAUUGAGAGAAUACCUCAUCUAGGCUUCAAACAGAUCGAUGUGUUCCUAAUGUACAAGACAGUAAAGGAACUUGGAGGCUAUCAACAGGUUACAGCGCAGCAGCUGUGGAAGAAAGUUUACAACAUACUUGGAGGAAACCCGCGCAGCACUAGUGCAGCCACAUGCACUCGCAGACACUAUGAAAAGCUGCUUCUUCCUUAUGAGUGUCACCAAAAUGGAUACAGGGAUGAUAUUGUCUUCAGGACCCCUCGAUCACAAAAACGCAUCCAUCCCAGCAAUUACAGUGACUUUGAGCAUGAAUACUCCAGGAAUGGCAAGCGUGCAGAUUUCCAACACCUCCCGGCAUUCCCUCGGCCCUCUCUGAACAUGUUUACGGAGCAUCAGAGACAGAUUUUUAACAUGCCUUUGAACAUUGCUUCAUACUUCCCACACGGCAGUGCAUCUCUACCCAAUUAUAUGGCUCUUCGAGAAUCUACACUUCCCCAUCUGAGCCUCAGCCCUUCUCAAGACCUUUCCCAACCACCUGCUUCGUAUUUAAGCACAUCAUCUGUGGAGGUUCCAGGCUGCAAAGAGUCUCUUGAUAGGCUACGCCACUUAGCUAAAGAGUUCAAGUCGUCGGCUGGUUGGGAGGAACCGCUCAACCUCAGCCAGAAAGAAAGCAGACUUGAGACUCUGAGUGACACACCAUCAUCUUUCAGCCCACCUUCAAAAAAGCCCAAGUUCCUCAACGAAGCCUCACCUCUUUACCCACCAAGGGGUGUGACAACCGAAGAAGAUGCAGAAAAGGAGGAAACAGCGGACAAAACUUCCUCAGGAGAAGGAGAUGCGGGGUCUGUCCAAGUAGGACCGAGCCCAAUGACAGCUGACAUCGUUGAUCUCACUAGCUCUUCCACCGCCAAUCCAGUCCCACGUAGAGCAAGUCCUCCUUCAGUGAAUCUCUUCAACCGGAGACCAAACUACUCAGAGCCAUUCGCUAUGAAGGCACGGGAGCGAGACCAGCACACGGACUGGUUGAAAGAAGAAUCUUCUGGUGCACCUACACCUAAGUUAGGGAUCCUAAACCGAAGCAAUCCCCUUGGACAACCACCCGUAGAUCCAAACGGCAAUAUGGAGAUUAAGAUUCCUCUAAAGCUUCUACAUGAGUUGAUUAGGAGAGGACUACUCUUCAACCCAGAAUUUGCGGCAAACAGCCCCGCACCGCAAGAGCCAACUAAAGCUGAAGCACCAACUGAGCACAAGUUCCACAUGCGAUAUCACUCAGAAACGUCUGAGAGCUCCACCAAGGGUGAGGAGCCAACCAAUUUGAGUUUGAAAAGUCUUUUCAAAAACCUUUCUGAUUCUAACCCUCAAGAAAAUGGCAUGAGGAAGCAACGGCUCUUUGGUGUCAAUCGCAUCCCAGCAGAACCAAAGCUCCAGAUGAUCAAUUCUCUGGAAAGUGACGCACCAAGAUCUUCUCAACCUCUACAGGCACAAAUUCCUAUGACAAAGAACCAAGAAAGCACAAAUCCCAGACCACACAGUUGCAGUGAAGAUAGUCCACUCUCUUUGACCAUGAAGCCUGGAAGAAAGUCAGAGCAAAUGAUGGGAACAUCUAACCGUGUGGCAAAGGAAAUCUCGACUUCCCCACCUUUCAUGCAAGUGACACCAGACAACCUAAAACUAUUUAUGGCAAACCUGCCCUUUAGAGUUGAAAGAGGGCAGACAUUUUGAGAAUUUGCACAUCUGACAAUUGACCACCUCAGUCAAUGUUGCAAUCUUUCCAAAUCAGCCUCUUGAGUUGCAUUACUGAAGGAUUUUUGAAAAGAACUGAAAAGAAAUUGUUAACGAUAUGCAACUGUAGCAUGAAACCACUGUCCACUCCCAGUCAAGAUGUUAAAUUAGACAAGACAGAUGCUUUUCAAUGAUUCAUCUUUUGUAUAAAAAGAUUUAAAUGGUCAGAUUAGGAAAAACACUUUUUGUUUGCCUUUUCAUUUGUAAAUACUAUUUAAUUGUGACACUUC